ACAAAUGACUGACAAGUGCAACUGACAAAUAAAUUCCUCAUUGACGUUACCCAGGUGCAUCUUUUGUUGUUACUCGAUAAGUUUGAUAUUAAAAAUAAAUAUAUUACACAGUGUUCCACAAUGGAAAACCCGGAAGAAAUUCUUCAUAGUCUAGAAGAAUUUUCAAAAAUGAAACCAAAAGACAUUCCACGUGAAUUAGAAGAGUACUUGUGUUUUGUUGCCAAAACAGGCAAUCCUAUCUACCAAUGGCCUAUAAUAAAGUCUCUUUUCCGAGAAAAGCUAAUCAACGUUAUUACGGACUUCUACGAAUCUUGCCCGUCUGUUGAUAUUCCACCUUGUCCUAACGUAGAAAUGUUCAAUUAUGAUAUGAUGAAGAAUUUUAUACUAGAAAAACUCGACACAUUCGCCUCAGCCCCUUUCACAGUCCAAAGGAUAUGUGAGCUUCUCACGACGCCUCGAAAGGAAUACAGCAGAAUAGACAAAUACAUGAGGGCGUUGGAGAAGAAUAUUCUGGUUGUAAGCACAGUAGAGCCUGGCCGAAGGUCUGCUGAAAACGGUGAAGAAGGUAUUAUGAACGGUAUAGAGUCUGAACAUUUACCAGAAAGUAGCAAUUCUAGUCACGACAUUAACAUUGAAGACAUGGAUGAAAGUCCUUCUAAUUGGAACAGACAUGAUCAAGAUGUACCUGUUUCUUACAAAAAUGGGGAGAGUGAAGACUUAUCGAAAAGUGAAAUGGAACCAGCAACAGAGGAGCCAGCAACUAGUUUUGAGACGGAAGAAACUAAGACAGAAGUACCUUCAAGCAGUACUGCUGAAGAACCAAAAGCACAAACCCCAGAGACUGUAAUAACUUGCACAAGUACAGAGGAGACAAUUGAAACAUUUGUUUCUAUAGAACCUCAAGAAGGUACCUAUCAGAAUCUUUCAGAAGAUAGCAAUACAGACAGUAACAGUAGUGAUUCUUCAAGUUCAGCAUCUGUACCAGAAGUUAAAGAAACUGUACCUAUAGAAGAAAAGCAACCAGCUGAAGAAGCCUUAGAGGUAGAUACCACUGCAGUAGAUACCACCGAUGUGCCUAAUCAAACUGAAACAGAAGUACAAAAACCAGAAUCAAUUACUGAAGCUGAAAUAGAACCCACGGAACCAUUGAUAGAAGAAACACAGUUUGAAAUUACACAGGUAGAAUCUACAAGAGAAUUGCCAACAGAAACACCAAUUGAAGACAUAUCAACAGAAGAAGUAACCCCUGGUCCAAGUGAACCAGAAGUGCUAGAAUCACUACCAGAAAUCUCAGAACCUACAGUUGCUGUGGAAACAGAAGAUAAAGAAGCAGAAGUGGUGGUAGAGAAAUCAUUAGAUGCUCCAGAAGAUACACUUCCUGUUGCUCCAGAAGUAGAUGUCCCUGUACCUGAAGAAUUGGAAAACAUUGUAGAUAGUUCAACCGAUGAUAAGAAAGAGGAAGAAGAUAUCUCUGAAAAACUACCACAAGAAGAAAUCAGUGAAUCUGAAAAGAUAGAAACGACAAAUGAUGCAGAUACUGCCACCAAUGAAUUACCUGACACCAAAGAGCUAUCCGAGGAAUCUCCUAUGGAAGUAGAUGUCAGCCAGGAUAAGAAGUCAGAAACUGAGGAGCCUAGUUCGUCUGUAGAACCAUUUUUAGCAUAAAUUUCUUUUUAUAUGUAUAAGUCAACACGAGGCAUUCAUGUUUUUGUCUUAUCUCGUUUAUGUUAACAUUUUAUUGUAUAUCAUUCGGAAAAAUUUCAUUUUUACGAUACUACCUUAAGACAUAAGUGGUGACUUUUUUAAAUAAAUUUUUAUUUCUUAUACUAAAUAUUCAUGAAUUUUUAGUUGUACGUUUUAAAUAAUCCAUCAUAAAGAAGUUAAUGGAAUAGUUUUUUCCUACUAAUAAAAAACUGAUACCACUAGACACUCUCUUAUUAACAUUAAUCUAAUAAUCCAAUAUCUACAAAAUAUUCAUUACUGUACCUGGAAGAAGGAUAUAGGCCUGGAUCCGUCAUACCAAAAAAAGUUGAUUAAUAGCAAGCUGAAAAUUUGUUAAUAGUUUAACGGUGUCUAGUCGUACAAACUUUGAUGUAUGGGAACACUGGAACAGGGGAAGUUUUAAUUGUGGAACGUGUCAUCCUGACAAGAUUAUGAUUGUGAAAACUAUCAGGUUGUUAACCCUUCGUUACUCGCACACGGUGUGUGAGACCGGCCGAUAAAUAACUUCCUGUAACUCUGAUCGUAGUGGAGAUUUCGAAUUGCUGCUGCAUAUACCUCUUCAGUCGUCAGUCAACUAUGGGUGAAGUCCACGUGCAGUAUAAAAAAGAGUAUUGUACUUUUAUUACUAGGCAACACGGUGCGCCACACUGGGUGUGAGUAGGCCACAGAUUUUUGUGUUUAAAUCAGACAUCGAUAGUUUUAGUUAGUAAGGUAAUUUAAGAUAUUUUUCUUUUUUCAAUGUUUAUAUAUUUGUUUAUUUAUAUUUAGAUAUGUAUUACGAGAAGAAGAAGCAAAGAUUAUUAAAAUUAUUUGAGGAAGAAUCGACUGACGAGGAAACGUAUGAAGAUGAUGAUGAACAACGUUACUUUUGAUUAACCCUCGUAAGGCGGUGCGGGGUGCAGCUGCACCCCAGACCUCGUUUUUCUCACCUAUCUUUUUUAAUAAAUUUUUUUGAUUUUUGUCCAUUUUUUUAUUCGCAUUAAAUUCAAUUCUAAACGCAUUCCACCCAUUACAGCAUUUAAAACUCUUUGCGUUUACAUGUUUUUUUUUUGGAAAAAUGACUGUAAGGUGCAAAUGAUGAAAAUUUCAUCCUGAAUUAGACGUUUCUGCUGUUCCAACUGAAACUAACAGAGCUAUUCGCAAAAUUAAAUUCCAACAGAGGGCGCUCAAAAUUUCAAAGAUGGACUACAACUCUAGGAAAACAAUUCAUUUUGUCAUUUGAAUUCACAGUUCUAAAACGUUAAAUUAAAAUCAUUUACAGGAGUGUUUUGCCAAAGUAACCACUAAGUUUUGCAACUAAGACAUCUUAUAAGUUAAAGACGACUCAAAAUUAUGUUUAAUCUGUAUGCAUUCAUUAAAAUUUGAUGCUAACUACUGAUUUGUUUUUACCUUUUUUCAUAAAAAAAAUCUGGCCUCCCGAUAAUCACACAGCGUUCUAAAAAUUAUUAAUCUAUCUUAGGAUUUCUAAUUUUGUUUUUAAUUUAAUUAAUAGUUGCACUACAGUUUAUUUUGCACCAACAGAUAACAAUUUUUAAUUAAAUAAAAACUAGAAACUUGGAAACUAAGUAGGUGAAUUUAUUUUAUAAUAAUUGUGUUCUGGAAAUUACGAGGUGGUCGGGAUAUUUUGCAUAACAAUGUACAUUCUAUGUACAGAAUAUAAUAUACCACAUUUUAUUUAUUUAUUUAAUUUUGCAGUCGCUUAAACAUUAAAAAAUACUACGCUUAAUCCAAACGUUAAAUUAACAAAAUGUGUGAUUUGGCAUUGGUUAAUUUAGGUCUUUACGUAGAGUAUAAUAGGAAUGAAUACUGAGGAACACUGCAAUAGUUUUUUUAAGUCGAAAUUAUUGUUAAUUACAACAUAAACUGACCGCAAAUAUGUACACAAAUUAAUGGCAAAGUCAAUGUUUUCCUUGAGUUGAUGCUUUUCAAAUUCGCCACCAGGUGUCGCCCACUUUGCGGUUCCUCGCCAAUGGGACAAUGUCGGUGUUAUUUAUGUCAGAGAUAAAAGACCGAAAGUCCCUGCAUAACUGUAUUGUGUGUAAAAACUUUGUGUUGCUCACACUGUGAAAAAUUUCGUGUGUUUGUCUUGCAGCGAUAAUAUUGUUUUUAAGAAGAAAUUAGUACUUUGUAAAAUUAUGUUUCAUAAUAUGAAAAACAAGUCCUAUUUAUAUUUCAAAUCAAUUUCCCCAACGUUCACAUAUAAAAAUAUGGAUAUACGGAUGGGGUGCAAAUGCACCCCGCACCGUUGUUUACGUAAGAAUGUAAGCACCGCUUUACGAGGGUUAAAGUAAUGUAAUAUAUUCAUUAGAUAAUAUAAUUUCACACAAUUUUGUAAAAAUAAAAUUUUUUAAAUAUUGCUGACCCAUAUUUUUGGUCCCGGUCUUCUGCACCGUGCGCAAGUAUUCGAUCACAAAAAAUUGGCGCGAGUAACGGAAGGUUAAGUUUAUUCAAUAGCAAACUUAUACAGUGAGGACGUUUGAGUUGGAAUAAAUUCAUUAUCUCGAGAAUGGGUGAAUUUGGAGAGAAAUCCUGAGACAGGUCGAUUUUUAUUUUUAAAUUUUAUUUUCCGGCAUAUAUUUUGUACUAGUGACGUCAUCCAUCUGGGUGUGAUGACGUAAUCGAUGAUUUUUUUAAAUGAGAGUAGGGGUUGUGUGAUAGCUCAUUUGAAAGGUACAGUGGAACCCCGAUAAGUCGGCCCCCGAUAACCCGGAAGUCCGGCUAACCCGGACCGAUUUUCAUCAGAUAAACAUUUUGAUUUUCAAUAUUUUGUAUUUUUCAAUUUAAUUGUGGCUUAUUUCCAAUCAAAAUAGUUAAUUAUCAGACAAACCUUUCAACAAUAAAAAUGUAUGUAAUAUAAUAUUUGAGAGAUAAUGUGUACUUAUGUGUGUAAUUUGAACUAUAGGAUAUUAAAAAUUACUCAUAGCACACGCCGCAGAAACAACAGCCACCUGUCUGUAGUAUCUAUUCCUUUUUAUUUCAAACUGUCAGCAUUGUUUAGGAAAGACUAUUUAAAAAAUUCUUUUAUAAACAAUGGUCUUUAGUAUUGUGUGUCUUGUAUUGUUCGCUUCCAUUUGCUUACGUUUGGGUUUGGUGUUUUUUUUAGUAAUUUUAAUGAGUAGGUAAUACUGUGCAUAUUUAUAAAUAUAUUUCAUGUUAUUUCAAUUCUAACGGAGUUUAUCUGUAAGUAUGCCGUAUUUUAUUAAUUUUUACCAUAUUCUCCGGCUAUCUCGGAUUUUCGAUAACCCGGAUCGGUCGCGGUCCCGAUUAAUCCGAGUUGUCGAGGUUCCACUGUAAUUUGAUUCUCUAUUCAACAAUAUAAACAAAAACCUAAUUAUUUAUACAGUGGGGCCAAAAAAUUUUUUUUUUAAUUAAAGUAAUUGAAACAAAAAGAAGAAUGUAUGUAGUUUCUUUAAUGCAAAAUACAUUUUACUGCUGUCAGAAAACAAAAAAAAAAUGUUAAUUUGGAAAAUAAACAUUGCUUUUCGCUUAAAUUAAUUUUCAAACUGCUAAGAAGCAGGUGGGUGGCAGCUUUUAUGUUGAAUUCAAGCGAAAAACAAUAUUUAUUUAUCAAAUAAACAUUUUUUCCUGUUUUCGGACAGCAGUAAAAUAUAUAAGUAUUUCGAAUUUAAUAAAUUACAUACAUUCUUCUUUUUGUCUCAAUUGUAUGUAUACACCGUUUUUAGGCGUCAACGCCCUUCGGUAGGGAUCUAUGGAGGAGUAUCACCGAGCCGGAAGCCCUUAUCCCUUCCCGUACCGCUCCUCCAUAGGCCGAUCAGACGCCAGUUUAUUUCAGACCAAGCCGUAGACUCUAUUGAGUUUUAUACUACGGCGUUGGCCUUUUAUAAAUUUCAUGACCUAGCUGAGGCUCGAACCAGCGACCGCAAAUCCACUAAACUUGUCGAUCGCCUGAGCCCCAGCUAACUGGACCGUCAAGACCGACAAUUUUUUUUUUUUUUUUUUGUCUCAAUUAAUUUAUUAAAAAAAAUUGUUUUUCGCCACCCUGUAUAAAUAAUUAGGAUAUUGUUUAUACUACUGAAUAGAGAAUUAAAUUACCUUUGAAUUGAGCUGUCACACAACCCCUACUCUCAUUUAAAAAAAUCAUCGAUUACGUCAUCACGCCCAGAUGGCUGACGUCACUAGUAUGAUAUAUAUGCCAAAAAGUCAUAAUUUAAAAAUAAAAAUCGACCUCUCUCAGGAUUUUUCUACAAAUUCUCCCCUUCUCGAGAUAAUGAAUUUAUUCCAACUCAAACGUCCUCACUGUAUAAUAUGAAAAAAUGUUUGUCCGGCAAAUAUGUUAGGCAUUUUAAUAAGUCCAACACGUAGAACAUGUAAAAUUACAGGAAUUAUAUUGAUGGUAAAUUGCAGUCUGAUUUUUGCAUGAGAGCAGGGGUGUCAUGGUGCGGGAACGCCGUUCCGGCACUGAUUAAGAAAAGAAAAUAAAUAAAUAGAGAAUUUAGGUUUUGUAAACAAAAAUUAGCAGUGCGUUCCGGCACUGCUAAUUUUGCCAUGACACCACUGCAUGAGAGUUUAAUGAAAGGGUAACAAAUCAAUUGGAAGUCUGUCCGACAAAAUACAUGGGACGUUUUCGUAGUCUGACGUUCGAAACCUGUUCCACAAUUAAACUUCCCCUGUUCUCGUACAUCAAAGUUUGUCCGACUAGACACCGUUAAGCUAUUCACCGUAUCAGCAAAAGUGCAGUUAAACCAUGCUCUCAAAUUCUUUAACCAGGAGAUGUGAUCUUCCACUACUCACUCUACCCUGUAUUCUUGUAUUAUUAAUUGCAACAAGUUAUAACGCUCGCCCCUCAUGACAUGUCCCAGAUAUUGCAGUUUUCUAUCUUGAAUAAUUGUAUUUAAAACCUCUUUAUCAAUUUUUCCCAUUCUUCGAGGUGUUAAGAAGUUCCCAUUGUUCGAGAAACUCGACAUUCGUAACUCUAUCCACCCAACUUAUUCUUAAUAUCCUUCUGUAGACCCAUAACUCGAAGGCUUCUAAUCUGUCUGAUACGUAUUUCUUUAAUGUCCAAGCCUCCAACCCAUAAAAUAAUAUGGAGAACACGUAGCCAUCUCAAAAUUCUGAGUGCCUAGGAUGUUUAAUUGUUUACCAGUAGGUAGCUGAUGAGUUUCUUAAAAUUUAAUUGUCCUCUUUUUUAUAAGUUCAAAGUUUAUGUUGGGCACAUAUCAAACUGAAGCGACCAAACGUGACCUUUUAGUGUUUUGAGUGAUAUAUGGAUGUCUAAUUUCGAGGGACAGCAGUUUUAAGGAAAAUGAUCAUUAGGAAGAACAAAAACAUUGUUAUGCAAGGUAGGGAAGAGAGUACAUUUUAUGUCGGUAAUAGCACUAAGCUGUGUCAUUUACAAGUGACGAUGCAACAAUCAAUACGAAAAUAUACAUAAUAACGUUAAUAGACAGAAAGCCUUUCUCUCAUGGUUUCUCCAUUACUGAGGAUCGUGAUUUCCUCCAGUACUAGAGUUUCGCAGAAAGAGCGGCCAUCACAAUUUGGUCGAACCAUCUGGUUGUUAACCGUUCUCUUGGUCUUCCACCGGAACGUUUGUGCCAGACAUACUUCUUUAUAAAUGCCAAAAAAUCCUUGUAACAUAAAUAUUGUGAAUGUAACUGAAUAUUGUUCAGCGUUGCAACAUAUAUCGGUGGUAUGUUCAUCUUUAAGGCUCCCAACAUGUAUAAUAUAUGCAUUGUGGCAUCCUGACAUUGCUGAGAAAUGUCUGCUUCAGAAAUGGCCUAUUUUUGACUCUACCAAUUUUAGUUAACAUUGCUUUACCCUGAAAUUCACCCUUAAAAUAUGAUAAGGCGCUAUUGCUAAGGCAGCCAUAUUCAAAAUUCGAGGCGUAUCUACCUGCCAUAUCAUAGGUUAUGGCACUAUAGAAGUUUUACUUGAGUAAUUUGUCUUGGCUAACAAAUGCAUUUAUCACAUGUUAGGGCGAUAUUUAAAAAUGAAUGGUAUUAAUACUUAUCACACAUCCAAUCUCUCGACCACAGCGUAACUCGAACUGUCUUGUGGCGCUCUUGCUAAUGCUGAGGGAGCAAAAGCCGGAAAUGGUAAUAACGACACAGAGUACCUCGAUUUUUGCCCCUUCGCUUCGUUAUCGAUCAUUCGCUAUCUGUACACUAAAUAGAUACGAAGCGAAUACGUUUGAUAACGAAGCAAAGGGUCAAAAAUAUCGAGGUCCUGACGCACUAUGCAGUUUCUAAGAUAACUAAAUUAUAUGAAAUUAUUUCACAAUGAAGGCAACGCCUAAAGGAAUGUGUUAGGCCAAAAAAUAGAUUUUCCAUUUUUCUUGGGUUAUGGUACUAUAGGGAACUUGCAUAAAAUUUUAAAUUUGAAAAAAUGUUAUAAAUCACAACAGAACAUAAUUUAAAACAUGUAUCGAAAGAUAAAAAAGUUUUGUUUGGCUUUCGUUUGGCCCCUAAAGACAAUUAAAAAUUCAAAUUAUACAAGCCAGCCCAAAACGCGUCGUGACGUCAUCCGUUUAUAUGUUUACAUUCUUCCAACAAAGUAAACAGAAUUUUUAAAUUAGACGUUAUAAACGUCAGUAGAAAAUACAGUUAUGUGACGUUACAAGUGUUUUUGAUCGUUUGAACUAUUCAUAGAAAACUUGUAUUCUUACAAAAUGGUUUUAUUUUCCGUAGUAAACCUUCUUUCCUUUCCUUCAAUAACUAUAUCAAACUCCAAUGUCAACAAACUGGUAUAUAUUAUUACAGUGACUUACGAUAAAUGUUAAUAGAAUAUAAAUAUUUUUUCCACCUACCUCUACCGAAAGUAUACUUUUCCGGACCUGAUUGUAGGGAGCAAAGUUGUACUUUUCCUCCCUAGGGAGGAAAAUAUUUUUCCUCCCUAGGGAGGAAAAGUAAAAGUGACGUCAUGAUAUUUCAUUCAUGAAAUAUAACUUAUUGACGCCCUGUACAAUAUCUAUUUUCUAUUACGUAAGUAUCUAUAGAUUUUAACGUUUAUUUAAAAACACUCUGUAUUUUGCAGAAUGGUAAAAAACAGUAAAUUGUUAUUCUGAUUUAACAAUGUUUACAUUAAUAAUUUUUGACUUAUAUUUGACAGUUGACAGUUAUAAUGUACCUACUUGUUGGUUUUAGUUCUAAUAUAUUUUGUUUAUUAGUUACAUAAAUAUAUUAAGUAAAAAUAAAAAAAUGACUUGUUAUUUGAGGAAGGUGGAAAAACCAUAUGUAUAACAUGGGAGUAAAGUGCAUUUUCCUCCCUUGAAUGAUUACUGCCCUCCGCUACGCGUCGGGCAGUAAACUUCAUUCUCGGGAGGAAAAGUAGCACUUUCCUCCCUUGUUAUACAAAUAGCUAUUCCUUUAUUCCGCGAAGGGGUAUACCCAAGUAGGUGAAGGCCAAUAAACUAAAGAAGAAGGAUAUACCUAAUUAUAACCAUAAACGGAACCAUAGGUAUAGUUAAACUGUGCGACGUCACGGGUUGUUUGAACUAUUUUAAAAUACAGAAGACUUUAAAUUAGUACUUCUAAGUUAAUACAGUCGGAAAAAUAAAAGAAUACCCAUGAACAAUCACAUCAAUCACUUAUUUUGUCUUUUUCUAUAAAUAACAAACGUUUGUUAUAGAAAAAGACAGCAAAUACAAAAUAAGUGAUUGAUGUGAUCGUUCAUGGGUAUUCUUUAAUUUUUCCGACUUUCGAGUUUUUGAAGCGUAAAAUUUUGGAAAUCUCAUUUUUAUACAAAACUGAACAUUAUUAUGUAAUAAAAAAAUGUGCAAGUUCCCUAUUGAAGUCGGGGUGCGACAUAUAUCCAUACAAUUUUUGGAAUAUGUAUAUAACAUAACUGUUAAUUUUUACUAAAUUUAGGAGAUAAGCCAAAAAUGUGGAUGCUUGUAAGUAAACUUUUAAUAAAAUAAGGUGUAAUUCAGUCUUUCGUUCAAUUGUGUAUUUUGAUUGUAAAGUACAGUACCAAGUUGCUUGUGUAGUCUCGUAUAUACAUAUAUCUGUCUCUCUAGAUUUUUAUACUGUAUAAGAAGAUAAAACUUCAUUUUUUCAAUACUUUUUAUAGCGUUCACAAACAGAAGCAUGUUUCAGUGUAAGUUUUUCUAUGUUUAGCAGUGUUCAACAAUUCCAAUUCUUUGAAUCCCACAUUCACCAAGUCCCGAAAUUUCUAUAUUGUCUUCCCAUUUCAUCUGGUACAUAUUCAUCCCUGUGAUGGAUGACCGAAGUUAUCUUUAUCGUUUGAGUUAAAGUUAAGAUAACUCUCAGGGAUAUUGAGCCCAUAAUUAUUUAGGUAAAAUUCGGUGUGAUGUAUCUGUUAUCGUUAUGAGAUAGUUAUUUCUUCAACGUUAUAUUAGAAAUAACAUCUGAGGAACAAAGUUUGAAGUAACAAAGAGAACCUUAUGUAGAAAUAGUACAAGUUGGAGUGAGUGCGAGAGAUUAUUCGGAACAUGCUACAGGAUGGGUAGAUAACCGUAAAAGUAAAUACCCGUCGUCGUCGGCCACCGCUGAUGACCGAACAGCAAACAGCUGUUCGUGUUCGGUGGUGUAUCAAACAGUAGAUAGAAACAGGGUUGCCAGAUUGGUGUAUUUUCCCAUAAUUUUGGGGUAAUUUGAAAGGGUCUAGGAAAAUUUUUCUACGCAGAAAUUGUAGUGGGAUUUUUUAGGGGGCGGAAAAUUAUGGAGGAUUUUAAGGGGUCAUGGUAAAUUAAAUUUGCGAAUGUACAUAGAACUGUAUAUUAUACUCCCAUAUAAUCGAAGACGAUAGGAACUAUGAAUUAUUUUCAGGGCCCUCGUUGAUAAAUAGUAUAAUUUUGGUUCACUGUUCUCUUCAUUUGACUACCAAUUUAUUAAAAUGCGACAACAAUUUAAAUUUGGGGUACAGUAGAACUCCGAUUAUCCGGGUGCGGAUUAUCCGUGCUGCGGAUUAUCCGUGCUAUGAUUAUCUAUUACUCAAGAUGCGUUUUUGAGGUUUUAUCAAAAUAGCGCCAUCGUAAAUCACUUGACGGAAACUAUAUGACGAAAGAGAGACUCAUAAUGAAAGAUUUAUUUUUUUCUGUUAUUUUUUAUGGUAGGUACAUAUGUAUGUGUAUACGUACAUAUGUAUUAUACAUAAGAAAUACAUGUUCGGAUUACCCGUGCUUUUCAAUUAUCCGUGUCACCCUUCGGUCCCGAGGAGCACGGAUGAUCGGGGUUCUACUAUAUUUGAGCUUUAAUUUGAGGGAAUUUCAGUUUCUAAGUGGGGGAUUUAUAAAAUAUCAUCUGCCAACUCUGGAUAGAAAUCUCAGUAGGUACCUACUUAAAAUAAAGUCCCUAUGUUAAUAAAAUUUCAACUUAUAUCUCUCGAUUUGAUUUUUGUAUAACUUUUAAAAUAAUUGUAUUACCCUUCUAUUCUUAAUUAUUAAAUUAUUAGCUUCUAAAUUCACUUAAUUUCUGUCUAAAAACAAGUCAAAAGAUGAACCUAACCUUACAUAACCACAGAGUUAUCUCAUAACUUGAGGUUUAACGUCGCGUUAUAAAGUGACAGUGUUGAUAUAUCAGAUAACUUAAGAAGUGUCAAGAAAUAACGCAAGUAGUUAAGUUAAAUAUGAUACAUCACACCAAUUCGAGGAUUAUAACUUAACUACAGGAUAACUUUACGUUAAAGACAACUUCGGUCAUCCAUCACAGGGCUGAUUACCUUCUGUAAUGCCAAUUAGUGAGCAAAGCUGCCCAUCUUUAUAAAAGAGGUUAGAAACUCAGAAAUAGAAGUCAUGAAUGUAGAUUUAUCAUGUUUUGUUUUUUGAACCAUAUAUACACCAGCUACACUGACGUCAUAGGUUUUAACAUGAAAAAUGACGAAAUAUACAUGAAAAAUAAAAAUGUUUUAAUCUUUCAGAUAGGACAAAAAUUGUAUAAAGACUGUAUUUUGCUAUAGCUUCAAAACUGAAAGGUUACAACUGGUCCACUGGAUCUUUGCACAAACGUGUCUUGUAAUAAUUCAGUUAAAACAUUUAAGUGGAUGUAAAAAUUAUUUUUCUUUCUUCUAGGUUUCUAGCUCAAUGACUAUUCGCUCCGAGCGUUAACAAAGUGUCAAAGCAAAAUCGACCGACCUGCUCAUGGUGGCGGUUUUUUGAAAGUUUGUAAGGACGCUUUGUGUAUGUUUAAAUGGGAUAUUUUAAAAAAAUGCCGUGUCACACUAGUGAUAUAAUGUAUUAAUAUAAACAGAAAAUAAAAACACACUUAAUCUGAUAUAAAUUCUUCACUUUCCAUUAUUGAUUAUCAGUUUGAUUAUGUAUACAUAACCUCACUAUCGCAGUUUAUGUCAAUAAAUCUUUAUUAACGAAAAAGAAAAUAUUUUUGUUGUACUUACUAUUAAUUAAUAACUAAUGAAUUCUAACCAUUGUAUUCGGUUAUUAUCACUACAAAAUAAAAUAUUCAAGUUUAACAAAAUAAUCCCACAAGAGUCAAUGUUAAAACGUCCUUACAAAAUUUGACAGCGUGUCACGUGACUGUAAAUAGAGGGGAGACGCACGGUGAUAAUUUUGUCGAUUGUUAGGUAUCAUGCAAGGUUCAUAAAUAGACAGGUUGCAUGGUAACUUUCCACCAAUCAGCGUCGAGAAUCUAAUGGCGGGAGUGACGUCACCCAGAAUGCUGCAUUCAAAUUCAUUCACUUCACUCAUUGAAAUGAACUCGGAAAGUAGGAAUGUAUUGAAAAUGUGUAUAUUUAAAAAAAAUACGUUUGGAUUUUUAAUAACUAUUUCAUAUAUUCGUUAAAAAAUGUGGUAGAUACCUGUAGAGUUACAAAAAUCAUAGAAUAUAAUUGCAAUUAAAUAUAUGCAGUAGAAUAGCAUUACUACUUAAUUAAAGCAGAAGGAGAUUCUUUCUUGUGUAUAUAUGGGACUAAAUCAUUCAAAUAUCCUAGGUAUAUUAAUAAUGGGUUGAAUACAAUUUACUUUUUUAAAUGAUUUUGAGUAGGUAUAUAAUAAUUUUGAAUUGGGGAUACUGCAUGUAGUACAUUAUUGUAAAUUCCUCCUAACAUGUAAACCAUGGUGAAAAAGAGAUUCAACUAAAGAUUUAUGUAUCAAAAUUAGUAGUUUUUCCCUUAAGUUUAACAUAAGAGCAUCUGAUUACGUUAGGUACUGGAUUAUAAUAUCUAAAACUAUUAAAACAUUAUGAUUCCAUUCAAUAGGUACCUGUGAAAUUUUACAUUAACAGUAAAUUAUAAAAAAAAUACAAUUUCAGCGCAAUAAAGGGAAUUUUGCCCAUUUUAUAUAUUCAUUUAGUUUAUAAUUGUUUAUUCAAACGAUCUUCAGAUGGCUGCAAUAUUGGUUAUAAUUUUAUAUGAAACAAUUACAUAUAAUAGAUCUAUUAUCUAUAGACUUAAUUAGAUAUAUUGUUCAAUAAGUCUAAGCAGAUUGUAACCUACACAGAUGAUGUAAACUUGAUGUGAAGAACCGCAAGAGACAUUACAGAACUGUAAUGUCUCUAUUCGCGGUGUGCAAGUACUUGGAAGGGAAACGAGAAACGACCGUGCGCGAGUCGCGGAGAAAUAUUGCAACUAUCUUAAAUAAUUCAUAUUGUCAAUUCAAAUUGUCAAAUUGACGUAUAUUUCAUACCUUCUGUCAUUGAAGCAGAAAAAUUAUAUAUUGCUCCACAAUAUUGAUAUGAUAUGCAAUUAUUUUAUAAAGGCAAAUUUAAUUAAUUGUAUUUUGAGUGCAGUACUGCAUUUUAAUAACUAAUUUUAUUUACUACAUACAAUUGUUCACGUUUUCAUAACAUAACCUGGCUCUUAUUUUUUCUUCUUACUAUUUUUUUGGACUAUGGCCUUGACAAUUAUCCAGUAACCAGGACUAAUAUAAUUGGCCAAUAUAAUUAAAAGUGCGAAUAAAAGUACAGAGCGUAGAAAUAGGGGUCGCUUUGCCGAACUUGCACGGUCCCAAUACACGAAUGUCCUUUACUAUACAAUACAGCAGAAAGAAAAUCCAGUAAAGUAAGUAGGUACUUAAUACAACCACAUUAAAAUGUAUCUUAACACUUGUAAAAGAGUUUUCGGUUAAAGUUAUUAUACUAAAAACACUUAAUAAUAUCUAUAGAUACAUUAUAUCUUAAGAUAUAAACACAAAUUAAAACACUAACGAUAUUUAAUAACAAAAUAUAGCCUCCAAACCACGUAUCCUAUUAUGUUUACAAACAAUUCGUAAAAUUGAUCGUCUGGGUGACGUCACGAUGACAAUAUUUCAUUUGUCAAUGUCAAAGUUACCAUACAACCUAUGGUAUAGGGACCUUGGGUAUCAUGUAUCAUGUUGUCUACCAUAUUUGCUAUCGUGGAUUUGUUGACAGCAUGUUUCUAAUCCAUGAUGUUUUUCUGCCGUUUUGGGCAGAUUUUGGACCUUGGACGUUUGCCUUGGAUCUUUCCCUAUAUGAUGAUAUACAAAAGUUCCCAUUUUUCAGGAUGGCUCAUAUAGCUAUAGGCUGUUUAAUUUUGUGAUUGUAGAUUGUGUGGAUGGAGAAGAAACAUAUUAAAAAAUAAUUCGUAUAUAAUAUCGUAAAUGUGCAAAGAUACAUCGGACAGACUAAUAAAGUUUUGAAUUUUCCCUAUUUAUGUGGUGUUAGCCACUUGCACGAUUGUAAAACAAGUAUAUCAAUCUAAAUUUGGGCUGCACUUAAAACUUCGGAGGACAGCUAUGUUAAUAGAGCUUAAUUCUUAGUUCCUCUGUUACAAGUUACCAAAGAAAGAGAAAGAAUUAUGAAACAAUAAAAAAAAUUGAGAAGUUGGUUUUUUUAAUAAAAUGACAUCAUGUAUUUAUAGUUUCAGUAGCAACAAAAAUAACCAGCUUUUAUUUGCGACUGUGUAGAUAUCUCUGUUCAAUCCUGGCCCCCCGAAGGGAAUGUAGUGGUCGUCGUGUAUUGUCCGUGUCGAAAGAUCUGUCUCUAAUCCUUUUCUUUAACUCAUGCAUAGGUCUUUUGCAUAUUCCUGUAAUUUGAUCGAUCCAUCUUGUUGGGGAUCUUCCUCGUGAUCUUCGGCCUUCCACCUUUCCUUAUAUGAUGAGUCUUUCCAUGUUUUCUGUGUUUGCUCUCAUAACAUAUCCAAAGUAUUUUAAUUGUUGGAGAUGGACUUUACUGGAGAGUCGUAGAGUCGUUGGCUAACUUGUAGCUCUCUUAGAAUUGAAUUAUUUGUUCUACGGUCUUGUCCAAGGAAUUCGUAACAUUCGUCUCCAACAGAACAUUUCAAUGUUGUCUAUAUUUCUUUCCGCAGGGCCCCCGCUACCAUAUGUGCAAAGUGUGCAAUGCACACGGCCGCCAUCCUUUAGGGGCGCCAAAACCCUGGGUCAAAAAUUGCAAAAAAAAAACAAAAAACCAAAAAUUAAUUUUAAAAUUAAAGUUGAGAAAUUAAAUAGGAUUGAGUAUAAACACACACGAAAUUUUAUUAGUAUAAUAAUAUCAUCCAGUUACUGCUGAUUCCCAUUUGCGAGAACAUGUCAGAAGUCAGGCAUUUUAAUUUAUUUUGUUAUGAUCUUAUUCUGUUUGCUUCAUUUUGAUAUUUUAGUCUACAAAUAAUAGUCCAUUUACUCACAGUUUUUGCUGUGAAUUUUAAAGAACCGCUUAUAUUGACAUGAAAUUUGUCAUACACAUAGCUAACAAGAAAAGAAGUGAUAUUCGAGAAUACCUGGGGGUAUUCUCGAAAGUGAAAAAAAAUACGGUCCAAAUAAGUGCGGAAUUGGAUAAACUGACUAAUUCUAAGGAACUUCUGUUCUAUAGAGAUUUUCACUAAGUCAAUACUUUCGAGUUAUUUGCGAGUGAAUAUGUUCAUGUUUCAACCAAAAACCUCGUUUUUAGACGGUUUUUCACAAAUAACUCAAAAACGAAUUAUUUUAUCGAAAAAAUACUCUUACCAAAAAUAUAGCUUACAAAAAAAAUUAAAAAAAAUAAUGAAUAUAUAUUAUGAAUAUGAAGUCUGCAAACCCAGUAGAAGCAGAGUUGUAGCAAAUGAAAAGUAGGUUCUUAUUCGUCAAAUUCCAAAUCGAAUAUUUCAACGUGAAAUAACCAAAAAAUUAAGCACUUUGCAGGGAAAACUCAUUACAACUUCUUUAAAGUGUUAAAAAAAGCUUUAUUUUUGAUUUUUAAACAAAGUUUCUAGCAAUAAAAACAAGAAACAAGCAACUUUUUUUAGUAAAAAAAAUCGUGAACAUCAGCAUUCCAAAUGAAAUUAAUCGUUACCGCUUUACCAUUUACUUUAUAUCCAUGUAUUGUUUAUAAUUAUGAUCUGUAAGUUUCAUCAGUUUUUUUAAUCUUAAAAAAAUUCCUUUUUUUCCCAAUAUCUAACUUAAAAAUUUUAUUAGUGAUACCAGACAUUUCAAGCAGUAAAAAAUGUAGGUUUUGCUUUUCUGAAUAUUUUGGAUUUUUUAUUUUCCUGUAAGAAAAAAAUUGGUUACGAUAUGGCUGUUCAAAAUUUGCAUACACUCGUGAUUAGUGACUCGUUCAAGCCCUUGUUAACUACUGCUACUAUAAAGCCUUUUUAAAAAUAAGCACUUUGUACCGAUGAAACAUCAGAUCAUAUAGACAAUACAUAAAUAAGUAAAUAACGUGUGGAAGCUGUAACGAUUAAUUUCAUUUGGGAUGCCAAUUAGGGGGGGACUUUCACCAUUUUUUUACCAAAAAAAGUAACCAACAUUAGUAACUUACUUUUGAUGUUAAAAAAAACAAAAAUAUGACUUCUUUAAAUUACUUAAAAAGUUAUUACUGAUAAGUGCUUGAUUUUUUGGUUAUUUCACGUUGACAUAUUCGAUUUAUGAUUUGACGAAUAAGAACCUCCUUUUCAUUAGCUAUAACUCUACUUCUACUGGGUCUGCAGACUUCAUAAAUAUAGGUACUUACACCAUUUUUUCACUUUUUUAUAAGCUACAUUUUUUUUUCGAUAAAAUACUUUUUGAGUUAUUUGUGAAAAAUCGUCCAAAAACAAGUUUUUUUUCUUAAAAAUGAACAUAUUCACUCGCAAAUAACUUGAAAAGUAUUGACUUGAUGAAAAAACUUAGAACUAGAACAAAAGUUAUUUAAAAAAGUCACUUUAUCCAAUUUCCGGACUUUUUUUAACGUAUGUUUUUUCACCCCCGAGAAGGGGUGCAACUCACCAUCAGGGCAAAAGCACACAUCGGCACAUUAUCACUUUUUUCUUUUACAUGUUAGCUAUGUGUAUGCCAAAUAAUGACAUGUCAAUCCAAGCAUUUCUUUAAAAUUCGGAGGAUUUACAAUAUUUUACCUUGAGUGGACCUUUGAAUGGACUAUAAAUAUGACUUCUAAAGUUCAGUUUUUUGGUUUAUUUUAAGCACCUACCUACCUUCAAAAAAUAAAUAAAAACAUCCAAAAUGCCUUAAGGGGCGCCAAAAUCCUUUUUUUGCACACAGGCGCCAGUAACCCUUACGGGGCCCCUGUCUUUCCGAUUGUCUCGGGGUCCAAGAUUCACAUCCGUAGGUCAGUAUUGGGAAUAGUAAGCAGUUGAUCAACCUCAUCUUUAACUUAAUGUUGUUCUAAAGCUAUUUUCUUGUGGCAUUUUUGUAAUCAAUUAUUCUAAAUGGGAAAUAAGCCACAAUUUAAAUUAAAAAAAUUGAUUUUAUUUACAUUAAUAAAAUCAUUUUUUAAAUUAAAUUGUGGCUUAUUUCCACAAUUUAAUUAUUAAAAUAUUAAUAUUUUGUAUUUUGACAACGACAUCCGAUUUGGACGUCGAAACGUUAAUAAAAUCUAUUUUUAAAUUAAAUUGUGGCUUAUUUCCCAUUUAGAAUAGUUGAUCUCAUCUUUAACGCUCUUGAAAUUUGACGACUGUAGAGCGACUGUAUAUAAUAUUAAGUUAUUCUUUAGAAAAUUCUUUGCCAAUGUCUGUUACAGGCUCUAACUUCAAUGUAUUCUGUCUUUACAGCCCAAAUGAUUUUACUGGUGUUAUGGUCUUUGAUAUCAUUGUCCUGGAUAAAAUUGUUCAGUGUUUUCGGAUUUGGUCACAUACUUAUACUUUUAUUAUGUAGGAUGUAGGAAUAUAUGGUUGUUACAUUGGGAAAAUCGUUCCAUUAUAGUCAAAAUGGAAAUCGGUCAGAAUGCCCAAAAAAGUGGCAGUGUCAAUAUUUGCUAUAUGAAAUUCAAUAUUUUUCAGACAUUCCAGAAGCCGCUUUAAAAAUAUUUUAACAUCCCAUUAAUCUUAUAAAUUAGUCAUUUUAGUACUUACCGUAAACAUUUGGAUAUUAGUACAGUUAAAAUAAUUACACGAUAAAUAUUGCGCGAGAGAAAUUAAACGUUUUUUCUACUUUUAAGGACAAAAAAAGCAAGUUCCCUAUUAAGUAUAUGACUAGUAGUAUAAACAGAUGUAUUAUUGUAUUAUUUACAUAAUGUAUUAUUUCAAUAUAACAAUAAAGUUUGGGGAUAAUCAAAGAUUGCUGGGACUAUGGUUGAAAUGUCGAUAGGCAUGUUUGGUUAUAUAGAUAUGUCAUUAGCCUAACACCACUAAGUAUAAGAUGUUAAAACAUGCAUAGGUAUAAAAUAAUAAUUUUUGUAAAUAAACAAGCCAAAAACUAUUCUUUUCUUGUUUCAAAAUUUGAAUGAAUAUUGUAAUGUUUCUCUUCUCUUUUGGAUACAUGUUUGCAGAUAAAACCAAAACUAUAAGGAUACAAUGAUCUCUUGAAAUAAUGUGUAAUAUUACAACUAUUAUUUUCUUUUUGGCGUCGUAGCUAUAAUGUUGAUAAUAAUACCUUUUUUAAACUUAAGUUUUAAAUAAUUCUCUUAUUUAUCGUAUUAUAAUUCUGCAUUUUUUUAAAUAAAAAUAAAUAGUAAUUAUGGUGUGGC